GAAAAAAUCAUUCAUUCAUUGUUGCCAUUAUGAAAAAUCUUAUGCACCAUAAAAGAGGACUUGUGUUCUCUUUACGUAGAUUCUCUACUGAGUAUGAUUAUACAGGAGGAACUGGAAGAGAGUCUUCAGGGUUGUCAACCACAGAACAGGAAGCACGAGAAAGAGUGAUCCACUUGUAUCGAUAUGCGUUGAAAAGUGUUCCAGAUAUUCGAAAACACUAUCGCUUGAAUGAAGGCAAGGAAGAUGUGGCUGCGUGUAUUCGAGACUUGUUUGAAAGGCAUCGAAACGUUCAAGAUAGAAAGCUGGUCGAUAUGUUGGUUUUCAAGGGUAGACAGGAUAUUGACGAAGCGCGUGCGCAGUGGAAAGGACGCCAUCAAGUUCUGAACUAUUUAAGAGCAUUCGAGGAAAAGAAAAUCAAAGAGAGAGCACAACUGGUUAUGGAACAACAUGUAAAGGAGGAUAACGAGUUCAUUCGCGUUCCCAACGCCAUCUUGGCUGCAAACAUAUCCCACUGGAAAAAGAAUAAACUCAUUCCGGAAGAUAUUUCGACACCCAAACAGUUUCGUCGUUGGAAAGAAGAAGAAGAAGAAAAGUUUGCCCAGUUUGCUGUAGAAAAUGGUUUGUUUACAAGAGAAGAAUUGCAACUCAAUAAGCAAUAUGCCAAACAACAUAAUUGUGGCAUUAUGUGACCAAGUUUCAGAUAGUCUUAAAAGAUAAAAAAUUGUAUUAUGGUUGGGUUUUGUUCUUUUUAGGAGUAACUCGUUGUACCCAUUGCUUCCAAUAUUUCCUCUUUUGUUGAAUAGUCUUUGUUCUAUUUUGAUUUUCAUAUGUGGCAUGUGGACUGAGUACUAUUUUACCCAGUUUUGAGUAAUCCUGACAGGCAUGCAUUGUCU